GAAACUUGAGGAACUUCCAAAGAGAGGGAAACGGUUGUUAGCAUCUUCAUCUUGUGUGUUGUCAGCGUCUGUGAAGAUCAAGUGAAUGAUAUCUUGGUUGAUGACAGUUGGCAAUGAAAACACCUAAUUUGAUGUAGAGAAUCCUUCACCAGCAUUUAGCAUUGUGCAGGACACCUUGGGUCACGAUGUACGAGGUGAUCAUACUAAAGGAAGGCUACAGCCAGAGUGAGGGGCCAGGUCACCAAAAAGCAUGUGGCACAAUUACUCUGCUGAAAGGUCCAAAGAACAUCAUCGUUGAUACUGGGAACCCAUGGGAUAAAGACCUGAUUCUUAAAGGUCUUGAGGAUCAUGGUAUUCUGCCAUUUGAAGUUCGGUUCAUUGUGGGCACAAGUGCCUUGUCUGAUAAAGUGGGCAAUCUGAACCUAUUCACUGGGGCAAUCCAGAUCAUAGCAGGCAAAAUCUAUCAUCAUGAGAACUAUUAUCUCCAUGCAUUUCACCAGGGAAUUCCAUAUGAAAUUGAUGAUGAUGUAGAAGUUGUCCCCACUGCAGGCCAUACAGGAUCUGAUGUGUCGGUAAUAGUACGCAACACCAAACUCGGAACUGUUGCAGUAACAGGUGAUUUGUUUGAGUGUAAAGAAGACCUAGAAAACCCUAGCUUAUGGCAGGACAACAGUGAAAAGCCUGAUGUUCAGGAACAAAGUCGUAUUAACAUUUUAAGAAUAGCAGACUAUAUCGUACCAGGCCACGGAGGAAUGUUUAAAGUGCCUGAUGCCUACAAACGACAGAUGAGGGUUGUCAUGUAUUAUGAGGAGAUGCAUGCCACAACUAUGGAUGGUAAAUCUGAAUCAACAAAGCUCGAGUAUGUGGUUAUGGAAGAUGAUUAAUGAUGAUCCGUAAUGGCAGGCCAAACUUUAUGGAAUGUUUUGUUGAGGAUGAAGAUAAAGAAAUGAAACAUUGGUUAUUGCAUAGUGAAAGUCAAAAUAAGAAAUAUUUUUCAGUUUUAAAAACUUAAGGUUUAGGAGAAGAAAAUUUGUUUACAGUGUACAAAGUUGAUUAAGCUUCGUUUCCAUCGCUGCCGUUUCACGGGAUUGAAAUAUCUGAAGACUUUAUUUUCAAAUUAAGUGUUUUGUUCUAUCUAGUCUGACUUACUGUUAAAAUCAUAUAUUUUCAUAGGGCUUAAUUUUCGUGGUUUUUCAAAUAAUCACUAUUACUGGGACCCAUGAUUUUGUGGGUAAAUGAAUUCAUGGAUUAAGAGUACCUGCAAUACCAAUUAAUUAAAUCACAAAAAAUUAAUGAUUUACAGUAGAAACCUUCAAUAAGUUUAUCAGGUAAUCAUACUUUUUAUUUCAAAUUUAAAAAAGACUUUUUUGCAUUAAGUACUUUAUUAUUUAUGUUUCAUCUUGCUCAUGAAAAUGUGAUUUCGGAUAUAAUUUUUAUUUAGAAUGUUUUAUAUUGAUCGGGUUGCUAUGCAUUUUAUAUACUCAUGACAUGAAAUGGGCUUAGAUCUGUAUUUUGGUCAGUUGUUCUGUAGUUUGGUCAGUUGUUGUAAGAUGCAGAUAUUUUUUUUCUUGGAGGAUCUUUUGGUGGUCUAUUACCAUGGAUCUCAAAUAUGUGACACGUUUGAGUGAGUGGAGGGGAGUACAUUUAACAGUAUGUGACUAAAUCUUCAGACAGUUUUCAUUAAUGCGGAGUGAAAGGUGUUUUUUACAGACUAUUUUCAUCAAUUCAGAGUAAAAGGAGUUUUUGUACAAAUAAUUCAAAGGCUUUUUAACAUUAUGAAGGAUUGUGGUGAAAAAAAAACAUUUUUGACACCACACAAGAAAAAUAAUGGUGAUGAAUGUUUUCAAAUAAAAGUAUAAUAAAUAUUUGCUUGUGAGGAGAAUCAAGAUACAUUUGUACUAAAAGUUCGUGUUGGUAGUGUUUAACUCAAAGAAUGUAAAAGAAAACUUCAUAAAUAUUUGAAAACAAUUCUGUUUUACAUUUUAAUGAGGGAAAAAAUGAUGUAAGGGAGACAACUGGAUUUUCAAACAUAUAUUAAACCUUGUUUGGAGAUCUUAACAUUAAGCAGAAAUCUCUAACUCAGUUUAACAAAUCUAAUUCAUUUGCAAAAUUUUUUUAAAAAUAACAUUUCUUGUGACCCUUCAAUAAUUCUGAUAUAUUUCAUCUUAGUAAAGACCCUGUUUAGAUUGAGUCCUAUUCCUGACAGAUGAGAGUCGUAAAACAUCAGUCCAGUAGAGCCAUUUUGAUGCCAAAACUUUCAUUUCCAGCUUUAUUGUCAGUAUUGUGAGGUUAGACACUUUAAGGUGGAAACAACAGAUAUCUGUCCUUAAAAAAGCUACAUACGUAUUCCCAAGAGGUUACCUGUCCUCAGAAAAUAGAUUUCUGUCCCCUAAAAUGCUGACUGUCAAAAUGGACCUGUCCAAGAAUCAAAAUACCUUGGUUUACCAGUUCUUGUUAGACUUACUAACAAAAGGUUAUGUUUGUUUGGAAAGUUAGAGAAUAUAUAUGGUUUUAUUUGUAGCUUAUAUAAACUAAAUACAAUUUUUUUGUUCUUUUAUUUAGUCUCUUUGUUAUAACAAACAUGAAAAAUGAUGCGAUGUCUUCACAACAAAUAAUUUAAAAUGUCCAAGAGUAUUUUGUUGUUAUAUUUACUAUAAACAUGUAAUUGUACGGCCACAGAAUUUUCUCCAAAAUUUCUUCUAUGUAAAUGUUGGUGCUAGCUUGAUUACAUUGUACAUAUCGUGUCAUAUUUGAAUUCAACUUGUUGUGGAAACAAUUAAUAAAAAUGGUCUCAUUUACAGCAAAUUGAUUGAAAUGAUUGUAAUGUCCAGUGUGAUGGUAGGUGAUUUGGUGCCAGAAGUUACACAGUGAGGCCAGGUCAGAAUAGAUAGUCCUCUAUUACUCUGUACAAUACAUACAAUACAUUUAGUAUGUUGCUGCGAUAUUUUGUCAAAAGAAGGGCACUGUGACCUUAACUUCCUAUAUCACACAUGCUCAGCUAUACUUGUAUCUGUACCGUUGACACUUCAAUGAACCAUGUCUAGUAUACAUAUGUUGUAUUCUACUGAGAGCAAGGUGACACAGGACUUGAUUACCUCCCCUUAACAAGGAUAGCCGUCCAUGUCCUGUGAUUGGUAGACACUAGCCUAGUUCAAUGUGGUAGAAAGUGAAAUGAUCUUGUAUUAAUUAGAAAAGUAGGUCACUUUCUGAACUGAUCAGGCUGAUUGUUGUGUGAAGAUAUAUUUUGGUGCUGUCUGUAACAUGCAUUUUAGGUGUUAUGAUGUAAUUUUGUCAGUUAAUUUACAUCGUUUGAAUGUAAUAAGCCCAUGGCAAACAGAGAUAAGCAGAGUGUGUAAUAAUAAGUCAGAUUUAAGUACGUUCAGUGAUGAUGAAAUAAGUAAGGGAGAUAAUUCUGGGAGUGAUAAAAUGUUGAUUAUUUACAAUCAAUUUCAAUUUAUUUUAAAGUUUGUAUUUAGAAUUACCUGGAGUUUAUAAUUAAUACUUCUGGUUUGUUAGAUAAUAACUUUCUUUCCUCUGACAAGAUUUUAGUGGGAAACUGUAUAAUAUAUAUCUGAUAUGAGUGUGUCUCUGUGAUGAUAUUACAUUCAGAAUACUUUACAAACCAGACCUAUAUAGAUUUAGGGUAAUUAUCUAGGUCACAUUUUAAUACUGGAGGGCUUGCUUCGCUCUUAUAGUUUUGAGUGCCUGUUUAUUGUCAAAAUUUUUACAAGGGUUCCUAAUAAUAUAAAAACACUUCAGGUUUGAUUGGAUAUGUGCAAUGUACAAACAAGUAAUAUUAUUUAUUAAACUAUUGUCUUGUUUUGGGUAUUGUGUAUUAUCAUUAUUGAAGCUAUGCUAUGUAUAUCCCUUCAUGGUCAAAUACAUUUGCAGAUUUAGUAUCAUGUGCCUUGCUUAAAAAAUGUUUGUGUGAGCUUAGUUAACUAUAAAUUAUUUUGUUAAGUAGGUCAAAUGACCUGGAGUUUUUUCCACACCCUUUGAUAGUAAACUAACAAAUAACAAAUAUGAUAUACUCUGGAUAAUUGAUACCAAUUAAUUUUAAACACUGUGACUUGGUUUGGAGGAUUUCUUUCAGAAAAAGUUAGAAACAGAUUAUUUUAGGAAAGAUAAUUGUAGUGAUAAAGGUCAAAGCCUGGUGUAGAUGAGGUCAUCUGUAUGGCCCAAUGAACACAAUAUUUCAUGAAGCACAAAACUGAUUAAUACUUGUGAUAGAUUUACAGUAUCAUUACUUUGUUUGGCAUGAACUUCCACUUGUUACAUCCACGAAAAUAAACUGUUUGCUUAUGUAUCAAUAAAUGUUGUUUUCCUAAAAAGA